AUGGAAAGUUCAAUGACUAUGGAGAGCUUGGAACACCUGGGUAUCCCAAUUGAGUUUAGAAGAAGCAACUGGGCUAACUUUGCCAUUAAGGAUUGGAGAGCAGCUGUUCCAUUGGAACGUGAAUUUUAUUGUAAUUUUGAGAGCUAUUCUGAAAUAACAAUGAAACUUAAGACUUUUGUCCCUAAGUUGGACGUAGUAGCCAAUGAAUUAAUUUCACCAGGUGCAAAAUGGGUUGAUGGGAGAAGUAGUAUUUUGCAGAAAGAGAUGGAUAUGAAGUACAAGAUUUUGAACAUCUUCUGUGUUACUUCAUGCUAUUGA